AUGAAGAGGGAAACGGUAAUUAAUCUUAAAAUCAUAAAAUUUUUAGAAUAUCAAGCUUAAACAACUAAAGAAGAAGUUAAGAAUCCUUAUAAUUAACCUCCUAAGUAAUCAGAAGAUGAAGAUAAGUCAAAAUGGAGAAAGACUGUUGAUUAUGAGCAAGAGGAAUCUUCUGCUCCAGUCAAAAAGACUUAUCAACAAGAAUAGCCAAAGAAAGAACAGAUAUAAAUUUCAUCUCCAAAAGAAUCAACUAAAAUUGAUUUUACCUCUAAGGCAUCAGACAGGGAGGAAAUGAAAAGAGUAUCAAUUAGAAAUGAUGAUGCUGAUGAGUUAUCAGCUUUCAAAGAGAUAUCAACUACGGUGGAAAAAGAUAUUGAUUCUGGUGCUUUCGAAGAUGAAAAUUAUGAUUUCUCCGUAUCUUAGCCAAAGUUAGUUGGAGACAGUAUAGCAUAUUAUGUCAAAGGUGUUGACAGAUCGGGUAAAUGGGAAGGCUAAAGAAGAUUUUCACAUUUCUUUGCUUUGUAUGAAGCUUUAAUCAUAAGAUUCCCUGCUUGCUUUAUACCUAAAAUUCCACCUAAAAAAGCUAUCGGAAACAAAGAGAUCUCCUUUAUCAAAGAGAGAAGAUACUAUCUUGAAAGAUUCUUGAGAAAGCUAUCAAAAUAUGAUUAUAUCAUUCAUUCAGAUGAAUUCUAAAUCUUUUCGAGACCAGCAGGCGAAGUCGACAAAUUACUAGCCAGAUUACCAAAGAUGUCUAGUGGAUCUUUACUGGACAGAAUCAGAAAAGCCGGCGAUAUCAAUGAGAGAAUGUUUGAUGCAGUUGAAAGAGAAAAAUUCAACAAUGCAACUUUAGACUGCACAUUGUUUAUCAAGAAAGUCUUGCCGUAGCUGAAAGCGAUGAAAAAGACUAUUAAUAACUUCAAAGUGAUCAAGGAGAGUCAAAUUGGAAAUUACAAAAUUCUUUAUGGUGUCCUUGAUAAAUAUGAAGAGCUAAAUAUGAUGAGUUACUUGGACAGAAAUGCAUCAAAAUUAGUAAUUACAGAGCCUGAAAGCAAAGAAAUUAUUAAAGACUAAAUGAGUCAUAUGAUUGAUAACCUAAAGAAUCCAUAUGAGGAUAUGUAUCAUUGGUGUAAAGGAGAAAUAUAUGAUUUGCAAGCUUUGUAAGUAGCACUUACAACUAGAGAGUAGGUAGAGAGCCAGAUAAAAAAGAUGGAGAGUAAGAAGAAAAAUACUUAAGCAGAUCUAGAAAAUGUCAAUUAAGGCAAGAAGACAAUUAGAACUUUGCUAAAGAGCGAUAAAGACACUAAUGGCAUGCUAAGUACUAUUGAAAAUUCUGAAAGAGAGAUUGAUAACUUACAAAGUCUUUUGGAAGUUAUUAGCAUUCAUCUUGGAGAAAUCAUAAUCCCCAAGUUCAAGUAAGAAAAGAUUAAGGUUUACUAAAGAAUAAUGCAAUAAUUCAACAUCAUGGAAAUUAAUAAUGCCCAUCAAACAGCUAGCUUUUGGAGCAAAGUCUUAUCAAAUCCUCAACUCAAAAACAUCGCAAAACUAAAAUGA